UCCGUCCCCCACCCUUUUGCAACGCCUCCACAUUAUUCUUUCAACUAUCUGGCUCCCUCACUCAAUACUGGCUUGCUUUUCUAUUUUCCUGUCUACACACCUCAACUUUCCCUUGCUGCAGUUGUUGUAGGAGGAGAAGCUGUUCUCUAUAUCUCCCCCCUCUCUCCCACAGAUCACUGCUGCCAGAGAGACAGUAGUUAGGCUGUCCUGCCUGAUCAUGUGCUAGCUCCUCCUCCUACAAUUCUUUGAUUCACUGCCAAGGAGACAAGAACUAGUCCUCCUGUUUGUUUGCCUGUUUUUCCAUUCAAAAUUUCUCUCCUCCUUGCCAUGCUGUGAAGCUUGUGAAUCUUGGAAGAGACGGGCUGCAACAAGGGGAGAGGAAAUUUCUCCCAAAUAUUUUCUUUGCCCGCCUUCGUCAGAUCAUCAGAUCUAUAUCCUUCUCUCCGCUAGUUGACCCCAAAGAGGUCGCUGGCAAUGGCAUCUCCGUCGAGCACCGGCAACUCCGCCGUCUCCGUGGUGGUCGCAGCACCGACGACACCGGGGGCCGGGGCGCCGUGCGCUGCGUGCAAGUUCCUGCGGCGCAAGUGCCUCCCUGGUUGCGUGUUCGCGCCCUACUUCCCGCCGGAGGAGCCGCAGAAGUUCGCCAACGUGCACAAGGUGUUCGGCGCCAGCAACGUGACCAAGCUGCUCAACGAGCUGCCGCCGCACCAGCGGGAGGACGCCGUUAGCUCGCUGGCCUACGAGGCGGAGGCGCGGGUCAAGGACCCCGUCUACGGCUGCGUCGGCGCCAUCUCCGUGCUCCAGCGCCAGGUCCACCGCCUCCAGAAGGAGCUCGACGCCGCGCACACCGAGCUCCUCCGCUACGCCUGCGGCGAGCUCGGUGGCAUCCCCACCGCGCUUCCCGUCGUCACGGCCAGCAUCCCCACCGGCAGGCUCUCAUCCGCCGCAAUGCCGUGCCCCGGGCAGCUCGGCGGCGGCAUGUACAGCGGCGGAAGUGGCGGUGGCUUCCGGAGGCUCGGGCUUGUGGACGCGAUAGUGCCACAGCCACCUCUUUCCGCCGGUUGCUACUACAAUAUGCGGAGCAGCAACAACGCUGGAGGCAGCGUCGCCGCUGAGGUGGCGCCCGUGCAGAUCCCUUACGCCUCCAUGGCGAAUUGGGCUGUGAACGCCAUUAGCACCAUCACCACCACCUCAGGAUCAGAGAGCAUUGUGAUGGAUCACAAGGAAGGAGGCGACAGCAGCAUGUGAACUGGCGCACCCAACCAACAUGCAUGUGGAUUACCUCUCCUACUCUCAAGACCGAUGGAUGUGGAGAAUGAUAUGUGCGCUUUGGCCGGCCUUGACGCUCAAGGAAGGAAGCUUCGGGGAGACUGAUGGGAUCGAGCUAGCUCAUUCCCAGGUUAAUUAAGCUAAGAAGCAAUCUAUCUAUGAAUCUAUCUAUAUAUAGCCAACAUGAAUUAUAUAUGUCAGCGUCUCCCUUUCUGCAUGUUGUGCAAGCCAUACUUUGGGUCGACUUUGGAGUUCUAUAUGUAAUCGAAUCGAGAUCUAGCUUGAUCUCUCUUCUUUUCAUGAUUAAUCGAUCGGUUCCGCAGGAUCCAUGCAUCA